CGGGGGCGGGGACUCGCCGCUGCGGGGCCGAGACGCGGCGGCGCUGGACGCGGAGCGCGCGGCAGGCGGGAGAGGGGCCGGGCGGCCUCGCAGUGGGGCCCGCAGCGCCGAGCGGCCGCCGGAGCCGCGGAAGGAGGUUCUCAGCCCCGCUUUUGAGAUGAUGGGAUUGGGAAACGGGCGUCGCAGCAUGAAGUCGCCGCCCCUCGUGCUGGCUGCCCUGGUGGCCUGCAUCAUCGUCCUGGGCUUCAACUAUUGGAUUGCGAGCUCCCGAAGCGUGGAUCUCCAGACGCGCAUCGUGGAGCUGGAAGGCAGGGUCCGCAGGGCAGCCGCGGAGAGAGGCGCCGUGGAGCUGAAGAAGAAUGAGUUCCAGGGCGAGCUGGAAAAGCAACGGGAGCAGCUCGACAAAAUCCAGUCCAGCCACAACUUUCAGCUGGAGAGCGUCAACAAGCUGUACCAGGAUGAAAAGGCGGUUCUGGUGAACAAUAUCACCACAGGGGAGAGGCUCAUCAGAGUCCUGCAGGACCAGUUAAAGACUCUGCAGCGGAAUUACGGCAGGCUGCAGCAGGAUGUCCUCCAGUUUCAGAAGAACCAGACCAACCUGGAGAGGAAGUUCUCCUACGACCUGAGCCAGUGCAUCAAUCAGAUGAAGGAAGUGAAGGAGCAAUGUGAGGAGCGAAUAGAAGAGGUCACCAAAAAGGGAAAUGAAGCUGUAGCUUCCCGAGACCUGAGUGAAAAAAGAGACCCAGGUCAGCAGCCCCAAACCCUCAGCAAGCCUCAGCCCAGGCCGCAGGAAGCAGGCCUGCCACAGGCAGAGGUGCCACAAGGGAAAAGAAACACAGCCGGUGAUGGUGAGUCCCAGAUGCCGACCCCUAGUUCCGAGGUGGCUUUGGAAUUGAAGAGUCGACGUGAGAAAGAGGAAACCAAUGAGAUCCAGUUUGUCAGCAAGAAGGAGCCUCAGAGGGACAGCCUGGGGCUGCCACAGGAGCCGGGCCGGGAGCAGGCUGUGGAGGACAGACCUGUGGGCAGAAGAGGCUUGGGGGGAGCCAGAGAACUGAGCCGAACCCCACAAGUACCAGCUGCCCUGUUGCUGAGCCAGGAAAAUCAGGAGACUGAGGGCCUUGAGCGGGACCAGCUUGUCAUCCCCGACGGGCAGGAGGAAGAGCAGGAUGCUGCUGAGGAAGGGAGAAACCAGCAAAAAGCGGGAGGAGAUGAUGACUACAACAUGGAUGAAAAUGAAGCGGAAUCUGAAACAGACAAGCAGGCAGCCCUUGCAGGGAAUGACAAAAACCUAAAUGUUUUUAUUGCUGAAGAUCAGAAAAGAGAUGCCAUAAAUUUAUUUGAUCAGCGUGAAAAGCGGAAUCAUACACUCUGAAUUGAGCUGGAAUUCACAUAUUUUACUUCAGGACCGAAGACAUCACUACAAAAUAUUCAUGAGGGACUGGAUACUCAGAGCUGUGAAAUGUACUAAGUAAAAUGUACAUCUAAAGAUGAUUA